AUGGCCUCCCCCAACCGCUUCUACGCCUGCGAAACCCGCGUCGUCACCGGCCUAGGAUGUCUCUCGCAACUCGCCUCGGAACUCCAACACUACAAACUCACCAACCCAGCCCUGGUCGUAGACUCCGGCAUCGCCAACGCAGGCCUCUUGGAGAAAUGGCUCCCCCCUGAGAUCACGAACCUCCCCGCAAAAAUCCUCGCGCCUAUGAAUCCGGAUCUCGAAUCCGUGCGGAAGGGGAUCGAGGUCGCGAAGAAGGCGCAUUGUGAUGGCGUGGUGAUUGUCGGGGGAGGCUCGAGUAUUUGUCUCGGCAAGGCGGUGGCAAUUUGUCUGGUGAAUCCUGGGGAUAUAUUGGAGUAUGAGGGGAAUGAGAAGAUGGUGAAUUUGCCCGUUCCGACGAUUUGCGUGCCGACGACUGCGGGUUCUGGAUCAGAGGUAUCCCGAGUGCUGGUGUUGCACGAACAUGGCAGGCCGACGGAGGUCAUUGUCAGAGCCAUGGGCGCAGAACCUCGUGUCGCUCUGCUCGAUGGCAAUGUCCUCCUCAGCUGCCCCAAGAAGCCAAUGCUCGAUGCAGCUCUGGAUGCCAUCACGCAUGCUUGCGAGAGUCUCUGGUCCAGGAGACGCACGUUGAUCACCGACGCGCUGGCGGAGAAGGCGCUCGAGACCUUGAUCAAUCGUCUUCCUGCUGCCCUGAAUGAUCGGGACCCAGACGCAUGUCAGGACCUCAUGGAAGCAAGCUCAGCAGCGAAUCUGGCUUGUGGAAACACCGGCCUCGCUCUGAUCCACGCCCUGACAAUGUCGCCAGACGUCCCCCUGCCGCAUGGCUAUCAGAAUGGAUGUCUGCUGUUGGCUGUGGCAAAGUUCAAUCGCUCCUUGAUGGAUCCUCGACAUCAGACGCUCGUUGACCAGCUCGAGCCCCUGUUCAAGAAGAUUGGUUGGCCUGGUCUGUAUAGCACAAAUGAGAUAGAUGAUCAUAAUGCCUUCUUGAUGGUAAGAGCGAGCACUGGCAACCCAUUCCGAUCGAACAAUAUCCGGGCCAGCUCCGACCAAGAAUGCUACGAGAUCUUGCGUACAUCAGGCGCAUCAAUAAGCGCAGCUGCUUAG